AUGGAGAAACUAGCUAAGACCAAGGUGGAGGAUUGCAACCAGGGAAUGAUAAACAUACUCAUGGAGUUGGACCACUUGGGAAUGAUCUGGGUCCAGGGAUUCUGGAACCUGCUGUGUCAUCAAGCAAGCUUUAUCCUCUUUGCAACAGUCAGGCACAACCAGAAAAGAGCCAAAGCCUUAUGCUCUCUUGAAGGGCAAACCCAUCUUGGAGCUAGGAAGGAAAGCUUAAGGAAUUUCUUGAACUGGUCACACAUGAAUUCUUUUUCUAAAAUUCCCAGCUGCAAGCCACUUUUCUGCCUCCAAACAACACAAUCUGGGCACAAAAGCUCUUUUCCAUCCAAAGAGCAUGACAACAAAUACCAGCCAGGAUGUCUUCAAGUGUUUUUCUUAACUAGCAUUGUCACUCAUCCUAAGAAUCAAAAUUCCUCUAUUCCCACCCCUAUUAAAUGGCUUCACCAAACUCUGCUCCAACAGCAGAAUUCCACAUAUCACCCUAUCACCCAGAUGGGGGCCUCCUGCCUGAGAAGCACCAGGUAA